AUGUCUUCUGCAGAAGUGAAAAAGUCUGCCACAGAAGUGCAGGACGUAUUGUCCUCAAACAGAGAUAAUGACCCAAACCUCAAGCGUAACUUUGCGCGAGGCUCCAUGUUGGCACUCUGUGUGAGUCUGAUGGCUACUUGGGAAGCCCUUACUAGCGUCAUGGCAGCAGGGCUUGUAAGCGGAGGUCCCGUAUCAUUGGUGUACGGCAUGAUCGUGGCUGUCAUUGGCUCGACUUGCUCAGCCAUGUCUCUGUCAGAGCUUGCCUCAGUACAGCCCACUGCUGGAGGGCAGUAUCAUUUCGUCGCCCAUUUGAGUCCGGAAUCCGUACGAAAGGGUGCCGGUUGGCUCGGUGGCUACAUAAGUCUCCUUGGAUGGAUUGCUGUUACAGGCAGCGCACCAUUUCUUUCCGGGACUCUGAUUCAAGGCCUUUUAGUUCUCAACUAUUCUGAACAGGGCUACGUAUUUGAAAGAUGGCAUGGGACGCUGAUAUACUGGGCCAUCCUAAUCUUCUCAACUGUUGUCUGUGUCUUUUGCAAUGGCGUGCUCCCACUGAUACAGAAGCUCAGUAUGGCUCUUCAUGUCAUCCUCUUUGUUACGUUAAUCAUCGUCAUGUGCGUUCUAUCGCCGACCAAGAAUACGGCCGAGUUCGUCUUCGUGUCUUUCCAGAACAACUCGGGGUGGGAGAGCGAUGGCGUGGCUUGGUGCAUCGGGCUGUUGAGUUCCGCCUAUGUGCUGGUGGGAUAUGAUGGUGCCACUCACCUAGGUGAAGAGAUGGAAAACGCUGCAAUGGGUAUCCCGUUUGCCAUGGUUGGAUCCGUGGUGGCUAAUGGUGUUAUGGGCUUCGGGUUCCUCAUUGCCCUGCUCUUCUGCAUGGGCGAUAUCGACUCAGCGCUCAAUACUAAUACAGGCUUUCCCAUUAUCCAGAUCUUCUACACCAUCACUAGAAACAAGGCGGCCGCGACAGUGAUGGUGGUGUGCAUCUCGUUUAUGGCCAUGUUAUCGACCAUUGCGUUGCACACAUCAGCUAGUCGAAUGUUGUGGGCAUUCGCUAGAGAUCAAGCACUCCCAUGGUCAAGGGUUAUCUCACGUAUCGACGAGAAGCGCAAUGUGCCGACCGUGGCGAUUCUCAUUAUAACGCUACUAUUGAUGCUCUUGGGCCUGAUCAAUAUUGGUUCCACGACUGCUUUCAACGCCAUCCUGUCACUAGCAGUUGUCGGUCUCCAAACAUCCUACCUGAUGCCCAUUUGCCUCGUGCUGUGGCGAAGAAUUGCUGUACCAGAUACCCUGACCUGGGGACCAUGGAGGCUAGGCAAGGCUGGAGUCGUGGUCAAUAUUGUUGCGAUUUUAUAUCUGGGCUUUACCUGCGUCUUCAUGCUUUUCCCACCAUAUCAACCUGUAACACCGGAGAACAUGAACUAUGCUCCAGUGGUUUUGGGGGGCAUGCUUGUGUUGGGGGGUUUGUAUUGGUUUGCGUUUGCGCGGAAGCAAUACUUUGGCCCGCUGGUUGAGACCCCCGAGACAACCAUAUAUCCGCCUUCAAAGAGCACUGACGCGGUAAAAGACGGAGAGACUGUAACUCCGGCAUAG